UGUCUAUUCCAGGGGUGCGUUUAUUUAAAAAACUGACUGAAAAGGAGGGGCGUCUAUUGGAGUGGGGCGUUUAAUAGAAGGGGACGUUUAUUCGAAACAUUACGGUAUAGUGUUUAUUAUAUUUCAUUAAGUUAACAUUUUUUAAUAUAAUUAAUAGCAUAAUAUUUUAAUUUAAAUUAUAGUUUUUCUACUACAUUUCAUCUAUAAUGCUAUAGCCGAUUCACUUGUGCAGAUGAAAUAAGCCACUAAGUAAGUCGUCUGUUCUAAACUUUCAGCCAAUCUUAAAAGAAUAGAGGGAGGCCAUAGAGCCCCUCUCUCUAACCUGCACCCCCCUCUCCUUUCCUCACUCAUAUGCCUUUACCAACCCAAAAAGCUUUGCUAUCAAAAAUGUUAUUCACAUUACUUCUCUUGAUUUAAUACUGUAAUGAUUUUUAAUACGUUUUUUAUAGAACCACAUAAAUAUAUAUACCUGUUAAAAAAGUAUAAACACAAUGCAGACAGUUGUCAUACAACCACAACCUGUUGUGGUUCCACAACAACAACGUAAUUUUAUGAAUGUCAAUGCAAUUCGUGGUCUGGGAAUAGCACAGAUUUGUAUCGGGUCGUUGACGUUGUUAUUGGGCAUUAUCGCUAUUGCAGCAUUAAGCUAUGAUUAUUGGUUGCAAAAAAGUGGAGGAGGUAUAUGGGGUGGAUUGUGGAUACUAGUCACUGGUAUAAUUGGAUUGGUUUCGUCUUACAAGACAGAUAUCAGAUCCUUAAAUGGUCUCAACAUGGCUUUUAAUAUAAUAGCUACAAUUGUUGCUUUUUUGGAUGGUAUAUUUUUUGCAAUUGGUUUGGGGUACUACAACAAUUGCAAAUUAGUAUAUCAAUAUUACUUGUCAUACUCUUACCACCUCGACUGGGAUUACAGUUGCUUUGAUGACAGGAAUGCUGGCCGUGGAAUUUAUGCAACGUUGAUGUUGCUGAUGAUUUCAGAGUUUUUUAUUGCUCUUGUUGCUGCAGUCUACUGUUGCCAAGCUACUGGAUCAUGUUGUGGCCCAACUGGCUCAAGAGGAAUUAUUUUACAGCAACAACCCAAUGUCGUUAUGUCGAACACCGCUGGUCACAUGGUAGUUUCAGCUCCUACUACUACGAGUUAUGUGACAACUACACAAUACAAUUACCCACAACAGCAUGUUGUAAUGCAACCACAGCAACCAAUGCCUCCUCACUCUAUGGGACCACAACAUCAGCCAAUGCCUCCUCCUCCAAUGGGGCCACCACAUUACCCGACACAACCAACUGCCACAACGAUGACAUAUUCAUCGCAAAAUGCUGAUUACAGUAAUGCGGUCCCUCCUCCAUACUCUCAAUGAAGUUUGAUCUGAUGUGCAGUUUGCCGUAAUGAAAUACUUCUGUUUCUUCAGUGCUGCAUUUAAACAUUUCAGUAAAUUGUUUUUCUAUUUUACUAAAAUUGGUUUUAACACGAUGUAUUUUGCCUUAUUAUGUAAUAUAUAUAUAUAUAUACGUUAAUAUAGGAAUAUUGUAUUGUAAGUAAUUUAUUGGUAUUUAUUAUAUCCGAGCUUUGAAAUUAAGCUGACGAUAUUAUGUGUAGUAUCUUUUGAUAUUAACACGCUGUAUUUUACCUUACUAGUUAAUAUGUAUAAGUUAGUAUUUAAAUUUUGUAUCGUAAAUAAUUUAUUGGUAUUUAUUAUAUCCAAAGUUGGAAAAUAAGGUGACGAUGUUGUGUGUAGUAUGAUUUAAUAUAAAACAUUUUUAACAAGAUUCUUGAAUGUUGUAGUAAUAAUGAAUCUGCAGCAGGCACUAAAUGUUGCUGAAGUGAUAAUCUAAGAGAAUGUACAUGUGAAUACAGAUCAUAAUAUGUGUGUCUACAGUUUUCUCUUAAUGUUUUCGUGUUUGUUUUUGUCUUGUGGUUUGUGUAGAUAAAGUUUAGGAAAUUUUAUUUACAUUGACAGCUGUUACUCCAAGCUCUUCUUUGAAACAAUUUUAUCUGAUGGGUACCUGUCUGAUUUUGUUGUGUUAUUAAUAACAAGCUGUGGUUUUCAUUGUAAUGUAUUUGAAAAAUUUAUGUGUGGUAAUGUAUUAUUGUAUUUAUACAUAACUGCUAUUAAUUUUAUUUUGUGUAAUAUAGUGUGAAUUUAGUGGAUUAUUGCACAUUAUUAACCUAAAAGAAUUGUUAUUGCUUUUCAAAGAUGUUGAUUGCCUGA